CCUUUCCACCGGAGCGGCUGCUGCGUGCAGAGUGAACACCACGGAGACCGUUGGCUAAAAAAAGACAUUAAGAUGCCCCCCAAAAAGACAGAAGCCCCCAAAGAGCCCACUCUCAUUGGACGAUUUGGAACCUCGCUGAAGAUCGGGAUCGUGGGAUUACCUAAUGUUGGGAAAUCCACCUUCUUCAAUGUGCUGACCAAAAGCCAAGCUGCUGCAGAGAACUUCCCAUUCUGCACAAUCGACCCAAAUGAGAGCAGGGUCCCUGUGCCCGAUGAGCGCUACGACUUCCUCUGCCAAUACCACAGACCACUCAGUAAGGUCCCAGCGUUUCUCAGCGUCGUGGACAUUGCCGGUCUGGUGAAGGGAGCUCACGCGGGGCAGGGACUGGGGAACGCCUUCCUCUCCCACAUCAGUGCCUGUGAUGGCAUCUUCCACAUGACCCGUGCGUUCGACGAUGAGGAUAUUAUCCACGUGGAGGGUAACGUCGACCCAGUGAGGGACAUCGAGAUCAUCCACGAAGAGCUGCGACUAAAGGACGAGGAAACGAUUCCUCUAAUCCUCGACAAACUGGAGAAAGCUGCCAUCAGAGGAGGGGACAAAAGACUCAAACCCGAACAUGAGAUCAUGUUGAAGGUAAAGAACUGGAUAUCGGAGGAGAAGAAACACAUCAGAUUUUACCCUGACUGGAACGACAAAGAGAUUGAGGUGUUGAACAAAUAUCUGCUUCUGACAUCCAAGCCCAUGAUCUACCUGGUCAAUCUCUCAGAGAAGGACUACAUCAGGAAGAAAAACAAGUGGUUGGCGAAAAUCAAGGAGUGGGUCGACGCUCACGACCCCGGGGCGCUGGUCAUUCCCGUGAGUGGGUGUGUUGAGUCUAAAAUGCAAGACAUGGAUGCGGAGGAGAAGGACAAGUACUGCACGGAGAUGAAGACGCAGAGUGUUCUGACCAAAAUAAUCAAAGCUGGCUACGCAGCACUGCAGCUGGAGUACUUCUUCACAGCCGGACCGGACGAGGUGCGAGCUUGGACCGUCAGGAAAGGGACCAAGUCUCCUCAAGCUGCAGGAAAGAUCCACACUGACUUUGAGAAGGGCUUCAUCAUGGCAGAGGUGAUGAAGUACAACGACUUCAAAGAGGAGGGCAGUGAAAAUGCAGCUAAGGCCGCUGGGAAAUACAGGCAACUGGGCAGGAACUACACGGUGGAGGACGGCGACAUUAUCUUUUUCAAAUUCAACACACCCAGUGCACCUAAAAAGAAGCCAUGAGAACACAAAAUCACCAGAGGGAGAACUCAGAAUACUGUUCAGUCGGGCCUCAAAGAGCGACACUGUGUGCUGGUUUUCAUAUUUAUCUUUUAAAAUUCAGAGGAUCAUCGGAUCAGCAGUUAUUUACUCAGCUGGUCUGAUCUGGCACCUAUUGGAAUUAUUCAAUACAAUUACAUUUCCAUACAAGCUUACAUCCCUGCCUAUAAUAUCUAGCAUAUUAUGUACCAGUCAAAUUUUUAAAUUUUUUUAAAAACAUAUUCUAGCUUUCAUGGUCAUAAAUAAGAAUCGGUAUAACUGGACUGAGGAAUGUAUCAUUUCUGAUUUGACUAGAAAUAGCCAAUUAAGAAACUAACAGAACAGUAAACUGCAUAUUUCUUUAUACCUGAUGCUGGCCGUGUGUUUUUAAGAUGCAUCAGAUGCUCGGAGCGUGUCCCCUUUUCUCAAUGCUUUUUGAUAAUUCAAGCAAGAAUUGUUGUUGAAUUGUAUCUUUAAGAUAUUUGAGGCCUACAACAAUAACAGUUUGCCUUUCUGUCAUUAUUCUACAAUUACCUUCAUGAUGACCUCACAUCAUAUCAAACCUCUUUAUAACAGCCUGGCGUGAUCAAUCUGUAAUUCAAAUCUUAUAACACACAAAUGUUAUAACCAGUGCCAGCAUAAGUGAUGGUAUGUACAGCUUGUGGUGUUUGGUCCGGGUGCCUAAUCGGCAUAAAAUGAGUAAAUGCUGUUUUUUUCCUCUAAUUAAAAUGAUGUCUUACUGUUUUCUUAGUUUAUUUAUCCCUUUUCCCCAAGUCAACUUUAUUAUGCUAUUCACGAUUACGCCAUAAUUUGGUAAACAAUUAUAAAAGUUUGACUGGUACUGUGUAAACUAUUAAGAUAAAAUGAAAGCCUUCGCUCAGUGUAGCAUUUCAGGACACGACUGCUUUAUUUUGAGGGGAAGGAUAUUACUAUUAUUUUCGAGAGAGCAAAGCAGACGAUGCAGGAUGAGACCCCGAUGGAUCAUGUUGUGAUACCCUCUGCUUUUAUUGACUUUGGUUUGGUUUGGAAACAUCAAAACAGACGACAUUCUGAACUCCACCCUGAGUCACGAGAUCCGGCUUCAGUGUGAACCAGCUCUGACGAUCAUCUGGACCGCACGGCUUCGUGAUGCUUCUCGUUUCACUGCCUCCACAGUGCGAAUGUCUUUAUUUUCAAGAGCGCCCCACAAUCCCCUCAUUUACCAUCUUGUCGAAGGUUGAAAAUCCUAACGGACCUACGGGAGCCAAGAUAUAACGAACAUCAUCCUCUCCAAUAUGCAUGUGUCAAUAAAAGGAGAAAAUAAAAUGUG